AUGGCCCUUCCGCACUUCUCUGGGCCGCAGAGCACGGCUCCCCAAGAACACUUCAGCGCUUUCUCGAUGCUGGGGCAGAUGUUCGGUUCAAGUCUGAUUACUGGACUCUCUCGAGGGCAUGGGGCCGAAAAGCACCAUAUCAGAGACGGCGAGCGGACGGCCAACGAGAGCAUCCAAUAUCCUUUGCAGCGAGUAAUGGACAUAUUGAAAUUGUACAGUCUGCUUCUUUAUGGAGGCGUUGAUAUCAAUUUUAAAGACCCCGAUGGAUGUAGCCCUCUUGCACUAGCAGCUCUGCAUGGACAUUUGGCCCUCGUUAAAUUACUUAUCUCACUUGGCGCAUGUCAACUAUCGUGUGAUAGAUUCCGUCGUCGCCCUAUCGCAAAUGCGGCUUUCCAGGGACAUCAUGGUAUCGAAGAUUAUCUUCUCAAGGAAUUGAAAGAAUUCCCGCACUUCUAUCCGAAAUUGACUAUCCAAGCUGAUAUUCAAUGGAUGUUACUAUACGCCGCAGAAAGAGGCGACGAGCUUCGGGUCAAAUGUCUGGUCUCAAUAGGGGCUGAUGUCAAUUUUCAAUUUGAUGUGGACGGCUGUACACCUCUCUACGGUGCAGUUGUUUUUGCCCCUUAUCCUCUAGAUGUGGUCAAGCUACUGCUUGAAUUGGGCGCCAACCCUAAUAUCGGCACAAGGUCUCCACCAACAACAAGAAAAAGAAGAAGUGGUUAUAUGCAACCACAGUUAUUUCCGAUUGAUCGCGCAAUGCAACGAGACGAGAGUUAUCACCUUCUCUUACAACUCCUCCAAUCUGGAGCAGAGUUUGCAGGACAAGUUGUGACUGAGGCUAUCAAGCUCCAAAAGUCAGCAGAAUUACGUUUACUCGUUCAACAUGGUGCAAAAUUAUACUCCAGAAAUUGGAACAACGAGAAACCGAUCUUCAGGCGCGCUCUUGAAUCUUCCUGUGAAGAGAUUCGGAAUGUCAUUCUUGAGCGAGGGUUCACUCUCGAAACACCAGAUCCAGACUCAAGAUUCGGGAGACAUCCACUGGAGCGCGUAAGGAGAAAUCGUUAA